GGGAAUCUAUUGUCAGUGAAAGUGGGAGGAUCCGCAGGGGGGAAAGACUACCCCGAUAUGAACUAAACAAAAGGAAAACGCAGCCCGGCAGGUUUCAGACAUGUUUCUGUCAGAGUCCGAGGAUGAGUCCGAGAAGAUGUUAUCAGAUUCGGACUCUGAGAGCGAGUGUAGCCGGUGCAGCCUGGACGAGGACGACACUCCGAGAGGGCUGGCCCGAGGAUCAGAGAAGGAAGACUUCACGGAGGAUAGUUCAGAUGAGGAGGGGAACAGUCGACCUAUGAAGAGAAGAUCUCCCAGGAGGCAGCUUCGCUCUGCAUCUUCUCCGCUAUCAUCACCCCUCAAAUCUGCAUCUAAGAAAUGGGAGCAGAGUCCCCUGAGAAAGAAGAUCCACUAUGGAUCUACACCCAAAAAAACUCCUCCUCCCCCAGCGCCAGAAAGACACUCUCUAGUCCCUGCAGGAAAACUCCGAGCCGGAAGCAGCAGCCGGACAGACAGGCAAACAAGGACGAAGCGGAUGAGGAAGAUCAGUGGCGUAGUAUUGAUGAGGAGGACAUGGAGCCUCCUCAGCCGCAUUUCAGACCUGAGCGGGACGUAGGGCCGCAGCUGAACAGAACAGCGAAUUACACGCCACUCGAGCUCUUCCAGCUGUUCUUCUCCACAACAGUAAUCGACACACUGGUAAAAAACACCAAUGCCUACGGGGAGAAGAAAUCCCAGGAGCAGAAGGAGAGACACGUGCCCGUCACGGCAGCAGAUAUGUACUCCUUCAUCUGCAUCGUCCUCUACAUGGGUAUCGCGCCGCUGAAAACUCUCAGAGACUUCUGGAGAGGAUCUCGGCUCUUCAACCUGCCGUUUCCUGCUUCCGUCAUGCCCAGCAGACGCUUCCUCGCCAUUUCCCGUAGCUUACACAUGAGCGACCCGGCCGUCGAAGCAGCCAACGACCAAAAGAAGGGGACGCCCGGGUAUGACAGACUUUGCAAGAUAAAGCCGCUAUACGAGCAGAUUCUGGAGGCCUGCCACACCUUCUACCAUCCACACCAGCACAUCUCUAUAGAUGAACGGAUGGUGGCGAGCAAAGCCAGGAUCAAGCUCAAGCAGUACAUUAGAAACAAGCCUACCAAAUGGGGCUUUAAGCUUUUUGUGUUGGCAGACUCCACAUGUGGCUACACCCUGAACUUUUUUGUGUACGGGGGAAGGGAAUGUGAACCCACAGGGAAGGGGCUCAGCUACGAUGCCGUCAUGAAACUCCUGAACAUCCCCUUUCUCGGUAAAGGUUACAAGCUCUACGUGGAUAACUUUUACACCAGUCCUACUCUAUUCCUCGACCUGCUCAAGAGGAAAAUCUGGGCAUGUGGCACCGUUCGUUCCAACGUAGCCGGUUAUCCAAAGACGAAAAAGAACAACAGGCCGGAGAAAACCCCAAGAGGAACCAUCCGCUGGAUCAGAAAGGGACAGCUGCUGUUUGUGAAGUGGUUCGACACCCGGGAGGUGAUGAUGUGCUCCACGAUUCACAAAGCAUACAGCAGCGACAUGGCCAACCGCAAAGUGAAGAACCCAGAUGGACAGUGGACAGUGAAGCAGGUGCCGAUUCCAAGCUGCAUUAGAGAUUACAACCAGUACAUGGGGGGUGUCGACCUGUCGGACGCACUCAUCGGCUACUACAACGUCAUUCACAAGACGAGGAAAUGGUACAAAACUCUGUUUUAUCACUUAGUGGACAUAGCCACAGUGAACGCUUUUAUACUCUACAAAGAAAUGUGCAAAAUGCAUAAACAGCCUUUGGUCACACAGAAGAACUUCAGGGAAGAGCUGAUUCUGUCUCUGGCUGAGAUCGGUUCUACUCCACGCCGCUCCGCUCCACAAAACUUCAUGUCUGCGUCUCCUUUCAAAAGGCCUCCUGCUUCUCCAUUCAAAGUCCCACCUGCCUCCCCGUCUAAUGCCACCUCCCCUCCCCCUGGCUCUCCCUCCUCGGUGCCACCUCUUUCCACUGAGGCUCCACCAGCUCCAGGUUUAGGUCACCUGCCUGCUUACUUUGUAGAACAAAUGAGCAACGUGGCCUCCAGAGACCGGGCCACCGCCGGCAGGAGGACAUGUGUGGUCUGUAAGAGAAAGUCACCGGUCUACUGCAGCACAUGUCAAAAAACACUUUGUUUCACUUCCCUGAGGAACUGCUACAGUGAGUGGCACAGAAGUAAUAAUAUCUGUGUUUAAGUUACUGGAAAUACUUGCAAAAGGUCUGUAUGAAUGCCUUUGGGAGGGGUAAAACUUCAGUAUUCACUAAAUUGGUGAUGUGCCUUUCACUAUCAUGUGCCUGUAAUCACCACUAGUAAACAAAUAUCAACUUCCUUUUGGUUCAUUAGUCAAACUCUCCUUAUUUGGUGGCUAUUUUAUGAUUAUGUAGAGUCCCCAACAUUCCUGUUAAAAUGAUCUACAUGCAGUAUAUGAUAUACUUGGAUAAUAGAUAUAGAAUAGAGAAUAACUUGAAAAAAACUGUGCUUAGUGAACUAGAAGAGGAUCUACAUUAAAGGAUAAAUCUUUUCAAAUAAAGACAUUCCCAAAGCUUCAAUAUCUCCUCCACUUAUUACCCAUUUAAAUACUUCAAAGUAUCUCUAAAAUCCUAAAAGGGGAAAUAUCUGCUUAUGUUCAAGUGUGCUUUUUAUGUUUAUUUUGGGGUUUUUUACAGGCAUCUCUUGCAUGAUUUACAGUUUAAAAAAAAAAAGCUCCACAUUUUUCUCAUACUAAUCAGGAAUCAGCAUGUUCCAAAGGUGCUCCAAGAAACUUCUGUUUUUUCCAGCUUCUGUUCAUAGAAAUAACAAUGUUCACUGGUUCUGGUUGGUGCUGCAGUUAUUGCUUGAAAGUCUUUGAGGUGGUCUUUGACCCACCAGCUUUGAACAGUGUUAUGUGACAGCGAGUACAACUGGACUACUACAUGUAAUUUUACUCACACAUCUGCAAAGACUGAUUGCUGAGCUGUAAUACAUUGACUUGAAUAAGAUUUUGAUUGAAAACUGGACCAAUCAUUCGAUGUCACACCCAGAAUCAGUUUGGGGACCCUAAGUAGGAUCAGACAUAUCUACCUAGCUCUACCUGGAAGACUUGUAAAAAUACAUACCUCAUGUCAUCCUCUUUUCUUUUUUAUCUAGCAUUUAGAUUCUUGUUUACAUCACUGGAAGCUUACUUGUAUCUUGUAACUAUUGGAUGUAAUAAUAAUAGAGCUGUACACUGUUUAUUUAUACUACUGGACGUGUUUUCAUGUGCACUGGUUACAGCAUUAUGACAUUUAUACUGGUUUUACUGGUUCUCUCGGUUGAUGCAGGUUUCUUUUUUCAGCAUCUCAGCUAAUAUUUGCCAUUUCUAGUUACCUCAGGAUCAAACCUCUGUGGUUUCGGGCAGCAUUUAUCAGACUCAGAUGGACUUGGCUUCUUCGAUUUGAGACCCAGUAAUGCGACUCGGCACCACAUCGAUUGCAGACGACGAUUAGAAAUGCAUAUAAGACGUUUUUAUGCCACAGUACCUCAGUACUUCUACACUUUACCUCAACACACUGAUACUACAUCAAUGCAAACCUGAAACAUGAGACUUUCUUCGGAUGCGCUUUUGUAGGACUGCUUUGAGAUCACAUUCUCGUGGACUACUUUAGCAGUGGAUAGAAACUUUACAAUUGCUGUGCGUAUUUAAGGAAACUGUUUACAGAAAUGCAGUAUUAAAACUUGAUGUAGUGCAAAAUGAAAGCAGUGACCUCACAGUCUCAUUCUCCUGUCCUCGGCUAAAUGGGGUUCGGAAACAAAACUUGAAAAGAUCACACGCUUACAAAGUGGAAAACCAUUUGGCACAUGAUGCUGCCAAAGCUUGUAUUACAGCUGUUACGGACCCGAGUACCUCUGAUUGAGUUCAAUCUUACACUUUCAUGUUAUUCCAGUGUGUAUUUUGAUGUUUUGUGUAUUUGUAUGUGGGUUAGAUCCGGUUUUGAUGUUCUGUACUCUGUAAAAUUAGAAUAAACUUUUUAAAAAGCUA